CCCAGAGGCGUGCGCGGUAGAUGCUUUUACCAUACCGUGGACAAAUUUAUAUUUCUACGCUUUUCCACCAUUCGCUGUCAUCCUCAGAACAAUUAGAAAAAUAAUUGCUGAGAAAGCAAACGGGGUGUUGGUUGUGCCUUUCUGGCCAACACAGUCGUGGUACCCCCUGUUUCAGAAAUUGUUUGUGAGCCAACCGAUCCUUUUUCAUCCAGAAAAUGAUUUGUUAAUUGAUAAUUGCAAGCAAUUCCAUCCGUUGCGAACCUCGCUUUCCCUGGUUGUCGGGAAGUUAUCGGGCAAGCGUUUGUCAUGAAAGGCGUUCCUCAAGAGUCCGUACCGGUUGUGAUGGUAUCAUUGUCCGAAGGAACCAUUAAGCAAUACCGGAAGCCAUUAGGUCUCUGGUGGGAUUUUUGUCAAAAGAAGAGAGCCAACCCUUUUCAGGCUCCAGUUUCAUCUGUUCUCGAGUUUUUGACCGUCUCUUUAUCCCACGUAAAAACUUAUGGGACGUUAAACUCGUAUAGAUCAGCUUUAGCGUUAAUAGUUAUAGGCGAUAUAGGGCAACAGCCCGUUAUAAAGAGAUUCUUUCGAGGUGUGGCUCAGCUACGCCCGCAAUCAGCAAAUAUGAAGAAAUUUGGGACCCUGACCCAGUUUGAUUUGACAAAGAAAUUAGUCAUGUUAUUAGCGUUAGUGACAGCACAAAGAGUGCAAACGCUGUCAAAAAUUAGAUUAAGCUGUAUCGACAAGACUGACACAGAGAUUAAAGUCAAGAUCAUAGAUCGUAUAAAAACUUCGGGUCUGGGGAGAAAGCAACCCUUAUUGUGUCUGCCAAUUUUUGAAAAACAACCUAAAUUGUGUGUAGCUACGGUCUUAGACUGUUACAUCAAGCGUUCGGCAAGUUUGCGACCUAAUAACGAAGAUUUCUUACCGAUAACAUGUAAAAAAUCUCACCGUGUGGCAACAACGCAAUAUAUACGAAGGUGGAUAAAGGAAGUGAUGGCCAAAAGUGGCAUUGAUACAAAUACUUUCGGUUCACACAGUACUAGACACGCGGUUACCUCCGCGGCACAUCGCAGAGGUGUAGACAUCGAAACAAUCCAAAAAGCUGCGGGUUGGACGGAAAAAUCGAGGGUGUUUGCGCGAUUCUAUAAUCGACCUCUGAUAAAAAAUAUAAAGAUAUCCAAAUCCAUAAUUACUUAAGUACAAGAAUGGCUGUAAGGCAGACGUUGUCAAUGUCAACUUAAAGUUUAUAAUUAUUAUUGUACGCACCAAAUUAUCCUUAAAUACAAAUUGCAUAAAACUUUGAACAACUACCAUUGAUCUAGAGGACAAGACGACGUAGCAUAAUUAGACGAUCAAACGAACUUACCUUAAGUGAUGUUCGAUCGUGAUUAUGCUAGGCGUCUUGUCCGAAUAGAUCAAACCCUCCCUAUUUCUCCCGCCCCUUUUGAUCUAUUAAAGAUGCAAUUUGUCGGCUUUCAAAUGUAAUGGCGUCGGGGCAUAAGGCGCAGGGGCUUCUGGGGAGAGUGGCACCGCCAUCUAGAGGCUU